GCUCCCCAGUGAAUAUGCACUCAUGCACUGCAUCUGGCGAAACAGCUGACCCACCUCUUGGUGCGACAAAGUCAGUCACAGUGGCCAACGUAACACCCCUCUUGGUGCAUGAAUCGGAUAUCGUUGGUGAUUUUUCAUUCUCGGUUUCCACUACAGAGGCGGAGCCCAAGCGCAGUUUCUUUACUCAGGACUCCUGUGGCACGAACACAUCCACCCCGCAACCAGUAUUCACGCCCCGCGUCAGUGUUAAUUUUCACUCAACCCACAAGCGCACGCUAUCUGACGAUGAAGAUGAUCGAGUUCCCUCGCACCCACAGGCAUCACCGAUUCUAAGACCCACUCUUCGUCCUGUUUCCAUGUAUGCAACGGUCUUGUCUGACACCCCCAAGGAACAUACUCGAGGAAUUUCCCCUUUGCCUCCACGAAAGCGUCUGCAAACCACGGAGUGCUAUAUAAAAGGUGGUGCCCCCACCAACGAGCUUCAAAAUCAUGACACAAACACUGUCUCAAAGCUACCAACUGACUCUAAAACCGGAAACCAUGAAGACGAGCCAGAGCUGAAGUCGGUGGCGGACCGAGCCUCGGUUUUCGGUGCGGUCCUUCAUUCUCCCAAACCGGCCCCACCGUCACCACCAAGUGCUACGGAAGUACGACGGCGAAAUAUGGAACAGUCCGAAACGACAGCCAACAACCGCACUUCACGAGUGUUCACUCUGGUGAAAAACUUUGAACAAACAUGUUGAUUGCCGUUUGCCUCAGGAGCGACGUCUUCCAUGGGCUCUUCGUAGCCGUCUGCUGGACAUCAAAUGUUCAUCCAUUUGAUUCCCACACUUAUCUCACAAUAACUACGUCAUCUUAAUCCCGCUGCCCAACCAUGCACUCAUACUUGCGCGCCAUUCCCCCUGACGAUGUCAUGCAUCCAAUCGUACUGCCUUCUCUCAACCAGAUUUGUCCCCACUUUUCUAUCGAUUUUCAUCGCUUUUGUGAUUCCAACAAAAUCUCCCUACCAUCCGCGUGCUCCACCGGAGUCAUGUCCAUCCACCAGAAUUUUAUACUACCCGCUAAGACCCGUUCCUCUCUAUCCCCUGUUCCAUCCAAGUGUGUAAAUUUCCGCUUGUUUCUUCCAAAUCUUCGACAUCGUCGUUACAAAUACCCACUGUCACAUGCACACUUGUGCACCAAGCGUUGAUCUACCGUUUACUCUGAAUUUUACCUUCACAUCAUGACCCUCCGCCCUCCUCAUCGCCAACACCUUAUCCCUGACUACACUUGUGCCUUCACCAGAACCUCUGUCUUAUUCAGUAGCUGUUUCUGUACUCAUUUCACGCGCCUAUUUCACCUUCGGAUACCUUUGUGAUGAUUUUUCCAAAUUGCAUGUUUGAUUUCAGCCGCUGUUUUGGUUUACUUCCACUUUUAUGCCCCCGUCAUCAUCCCGGGCUGUUGUGCUCGCGGUUGUGAAUUUUCACAAAAGAUUGAAUAUUCGCUAGUUCCUUUACCUACGUCUUCAAUCAAAUUCAUCGCCCUACGUUGUUUCGUGCCUAGCUUCGGAGACAACGGCGUAGGUAGCUGAUGCUAUCUUUACGAGUGCAACUGGGUAGUC